AUGUGGACACUAGAUCACGUGUCGUGGGCAGGCACGUCUGAUAUGGAUAACAGACGUGCAUCCUCAAACUUUGAGGGAAACUUUGACGCGUGCGAUUCUGUAGGAUCAGUCUUGGAGUUGUCUGGUCGGGGGCCAGCUCGUGUACUUCGGCGACGGUGUCGCAGCGAAGGAGUGGAUAGGUCACCCUACGAGGAUGUGACGCGCGAAUUAAACCGGUCAGCGGAUUAUAAUUCUCGUUACCAACGCACCCAGCCUAACAAAAGUUACUUUACCCUAAACGGCGCUCAGGAGCGUUUCGAUCGCUACCAUUACGAGUGUUCAUUUGCCGCCGCCGAAAACGGUGACUACGCUAUGUCACACGACCAGCAGAGGCAUCAUAGCUAUCUGGCAGCUAGAUCAAAGUUACAUCGAUCAAGUCCUACUAGACCAUUUUUAGUAACUCCUAUGUCAAAUUCAAAAGUGGAUGACAGCCGUUUACCUAAAGUAGAAGAACUUUUAGAAAGAGUAGACCACGAAAUGAUGGAUGUGUCUGCAGUGAAGCAGCCAUUAAAGCCAAUACUCAAUAAUCCUUUACCAAAAUCUCCACCACAAGGAAUUCUUAAGAAACCCAAAAGUAGACCAUAUCAAGAUCCAAAAUUUAACAUUGAGGGACGAAGAAGGCAAAGGGCUUCAAGUGAAUCAGAUAAUUUAUACUGCAGCUUUCACAUUGGAUCUCCAAUACCUGGGUAUGAUAGCCGUUUGUCCUACCUAUCAAGUAACAUGAAAAGAGCAAAAGACAAUUCAGGGACUGGGUAUUCAUAUGGAACUGCAGUUGCUGGUUUAAACACACCAUCACAUGCUAAAAGCUCCCCAGCUUAUCAAAAACCCCUUCGUUGUUCUUGUAAAGAUCAAGUGAUAGUAACACCAAAAGAGGAUAUGUAUGGCAUGCACAUUCUGAGAACCACUGCCAUUAACAGUGAGACAGUUGAUCACAUUCCUAAAGUUGAGAUGCCACGUCAAGAAACGCCCAUGCCUACUUGCCCAGCACUAAGUCCAUCGCUUCCCGUGAGUUCAGUUACAGCCAUUCCAGUAGUCAAAAAGCCAUUGAAGACAGUGAAGAAGAAAGCCAAACUCAAAACCAAGCUCUCGAAAAUGAAGUCUGGCAUCAAAGUCGAAAACGGCGUCGUGGACGACAUUGAAGAUGCAACCAGUAGAUCUCCGUCGCCGGAUAUUUUGACGGAUGGUGAAUGGCUAAUGGAGACCGACACAGUGGUCCCUGAAAUAGAGAUAUUGGACAAACCCCCGCCAGCAACCGACACCAGAAAAGAGGAGAUCUUAGAACAUAACCUAGUUGCUAACUUAUCCAGUAAACUUAACGGCACGGUCGUGUCGCCUAAGAAUAAUGAAACAAAUAGCAAGGAACAUCAGCAGUUCUUGACUGCGUUACAUACUAUCAAUCCGUUUAAAACUCUGACGUCACGCAAAGAUUCACAACUUGCCUUGCCAGAAUCAAUAUCAAAUUGCCUCCGGCCAUCCCUCUUCCCCCGUGUUCCUCCAUAUCUAAAGUUCAUGGGGCAUGAAGAAACAACUCCCCUAAAAAUACCAGCACCUAUACAGAAACACCUUAAGUGGAAGUUGACGACGAUAACGCCUAUUGUUGUAAAGAAGACCCUCACUAAUUCUGGAUUUAGAUUAGUAAAAAAGACGGUGGACUGGAUUGGUAUUUGGGGCAAACACAUGAAAUCACUCAUGUUCAGAGCGAUAAAGGAUGGACAGAAGAUGAACCAUUUUCCAGGCACAUUUCAAAUAGGAAGGAAGGAUCGGUUGUGGAGGAACCUCCAGAAGUUGGUUGCAAAGUAUGGAGUCAGCGAGUUUGGUAUAAUGCCCAAGACAUAUGUGUUGCCUCAUGAUUUGAAGAUAUUGAAACAUGAUUGGCAGAAACAUGCGGCCAAUAAUGAGAGAUGGAUUAUCAAGCCACCUGCGUCAGCACGCGGCACGGGAAUCAAAGUGGUAUCCCGUUGGACCCAGAUCCCAAAAAAGCGACCUGUGGUAGUGCAGCGUUAUGUAACAAAGCCUUACCUCAUCAAUGGCAACAAAUUUGACAUGCGUCUGUAUGUGCUGGUCACGUCUAUGCAUCCAUUAAGAAUUUAUUUAUAUAAGGAUGGUUUGGCUAGGUUUGCCUCCGUUAAAUACAAUGACGAGCUAGCGUCAUUGAACGAUAGGUAUAUGCAUUUAACAAACUACUCUAUCAAUAGACUCUCGAAAAACUAUACGCCAAACGAGGACUUUGCGUCUUGCGAAGGGCAUAAAUGGACUCUUAGAACACUAUUCCACUAUCUAAAGACUGAGCGAAGUGUAGACACGGACGCACUUUGGGACUCCCUUAAGGACUUAGUAAUAAAGACAAUAAUAUCAGGCGAGGCAAGCAUUAGUUCCCUUACCAAAGCCAAUAUUACAUCACGUUACAAUUGUUAUGAGUUGUUUGGAAUUGAUGUGUUAUUAGACGAAGAUUUGAAACCUUGGUUAUUAGAAGUUAAUAUAUCGCCGAGUUUACACAGCGCUUCACCUCUCGAUAUCCACGUAAAGGGUCCGCUAGUGUCCACUGUGCUCAACAUAGCACAGUUUCAAGUGCCUUCUAAGACAAAUCUGGACAUGCUAUCAAAGGAAAAACCCAAUAAAUUGGCGGGCUUACCCUACGAUAGUAGAUUAUACACAGUGUACCUGUCAAAAGAAGAAAGAGAUAAACACAUUAUUUACACAAAUACGGACGACCGUGACUUGUAUCUUCGAGACAUUCUAUCCACUUUGACACCGGACGACGUUCGCCAUCUAAUACAAGCAGAGGAUGAAUUAACACAAACUGGGGAUAUGGAGCGAGUCUUCCCUACCAAUGAAACACACAAGUACCUGGGAUUUCUAGCUGGACCGCGGUAUUAUAACCGUCUCUUUGAUGCCUGGGAAGCACGCUACGCGGUCAACCGGGAACCAGGUAUUGAGCUGCUGCGUAAGCUGUGCGCCAUUGGCUAUCACCUGGAGGCGCCAGCCGUGCCGUUGCAGCGGGCGGCGCCUCAGCUGAGCGCGUUGGAUCGUUGCAGAAUGAUGUGGAUGCACCGACGCCGCCUCAGGAGGAGACCGCCUCACUACACUCCGGGAGCUUCGCGCACAUCGGCAACUGCGAGUGUGCGCCGUCCACUACCAACGGGGCCGCUUCGCCCCCCAGGAACUGCAGGGCCGCCCCGCUCUCCGGGAGCUGCGAGGUCACGGCCGGCUCUACGCUCGCCGGGAGCUUCGCGAACGUCGGCAACUUCACGGCCACCGGCAACUCCUGCGGGCCGGAGUUCCCCGCCAGGUCGCGGGCCUGCGGUGAUGCCCUCGCCCGCACGGCAUCGCGACUCCCCCAGCUCGAGCCGAGGGCGUAGCCCCCGCCUCGACCUCAACAGAAAUCACAAGUGCACUCUGGCGACCGACUCCUCAUGCUGA